CGCACUCAUUGUCGAAUUCGCCGAGUCAUCCCGUUGCCCAACUUUAUAACAACAAAGCGUCACCGUGUGACAGCCAUUGUUGCUUUUUCUUCUUGCGAAGUCACUUCGAAUUUGCAAAGCUUUAAGGAAGAUCGUUUCAAAAUGGCUAAAUGUUUGAGCAUAAUCGCAGCCUUUGUAAACGUGUUGGUGGCCUCUUCGAUGGCUGUAAAAUGUCCUGGAGACGUGACCUAUACUUUGACAUGGCGCGGCUCAUGGUCAACUGAAAAUCAUCCCAAUGCAACUCUUCCAAGCGGUGCACAUUUUUCGAAUUUAAUCGGUUGUACUCAUGGAUCUGAGUAUAUAAUGUGGCGAACAGGAAUGAUGGCUUCUCCUGGUGUUAAACUGGUGGCAGAGGAAGGUCAAACUGGAACUCUCGAAACAGAAAUAAAGGUUCAGAAGGAUGCUGAAAAGGUCUGGCAAGUCAUUCUACCGGGGUUUGGGCUUGGCGCUGAAGCUGAAAAGACUGAUAUUGAAGUCAAGGUUACCCCCGAUUACUCCAAGGUGUCUCUUAUCAGCAUGCUUGGCCCAUCACCUGAUUGGUACGUGGGAAUUGACAGCCAUGACCUUUGUAACGAUGGCCAAUGGCGAAAGACCUGGGACGUCACUAUGUUGCCCCCCUAUGAUUCAGGCACGGAUAGCGGCCUUCAGUUUGAGAGCUCCGAUCAACCAACAGUGCCCCCUCAGCCAAUCUUCCGCAUCAAUAACACCAUGGAAGGUGCAUUUAAGGCCAAUAAUGCCAUCAAAAGCCUGGGGGAGUUUCGAUUCAAGCUUAUGGACAACUCAGCCGGCAAAGAUUGUGUUAAUUUGCUCAUGAUCGUUUCUGUCACUUCCAUAGUGGCAUUUAUGUUUUAAAGUGUCAAAUCAUGUGCGUUUUUCUUUUGUUUUUCGCUUCUGAGUAGAGUGGGGCUUUUGAAGUUUUUCCAAAACAGCUGAAUAGAAAACGAACAAAACAUAUGUGAAGCAUUUUUCUUGAGUCGAAGAUUUCCGUCACUGUGAAAAAUUAAUGGGGUCCGGUCAUCUGUGAAAAAUUUUACUUGGUGUGGUAGCUAUGGUUUCCUUUGGAGAAUCUUGUAAGUUUUACUCCCUUUCACUCGGUUAAAACAAACAUUUCAUGAAUUUUUCAAUCAUAUAUAACCCAGCUAUCCUUAAAACUAUUGAUAACGAAUCUUGUAUGAACGCAAGUAAACCUGGUAUGAUGAUUA